AUGGACGGCAGCUUCGGCUCAGAUUUUGGGAAUUCGGGGGGCGGGAAGCUGGACCCAGGGCUCAUCAUGGAGCAGGUGAAGGUGCAGAUUGCCGUGGCCAACGCCCAGGAGCUGCUGCAGAGAAUGACGGACAAAUGCUUCCGGAAGUGCAUCGGGAAGCCCGGGGGCUCCCUGGACAAUUCAGAACAGAAAUGUAUCGCCAUGUGUAUGGAUCGCUACAUGGACGCCUGGAACACCGUGUCCCGCGCCUACAACUCACGGCUGCAGCGGGAGCGAGCCAACAUGUGA